AUGAAGCUGUUUCUUAUUGUGACUUUGUCUGCUAUGGUCUGCUCGAUCAGUUGUGAUUAUGCCAGCGGUGGAGGAGGAGGAGGAGGAGGAGGAGGAGGAGGAGGAGGAGAAGCUGGAUAUUCUGGAGGAGCUGGGGUAGAAGCUCCACCACCUCCUCCACCUGCAGAUGCAGCUCCAGCUCCGGCUCCAGAACCAGCUCCAGCACCAGCACCAGAAGCCGUCCCAGCACCAGCAGCCGACGCCGGAGGAUAUGCCGCUGCAGCUGCUCCAGCCGGUGGUGGAUCUUAUCCAACCAAAAAGAGAAGAGUUGCUCGUGAUUAUGCUGAAGGAGGUGCUGCUCCAACUGCUCCAGCAGAACCAGUCCCAGCUCCAGCUCCAGAACCUGAAGCCGCUCCAGCACCAGCCCCAGUAGCAGAACCAGCUCUAGCCCCAUCACCUGACGCCGCUCCAGCAGCCGAUGGCGCAAGUUACUCCGCUGGCGCCGCUGCUCCAGCCGGUGGUGCAUCUUAUCCAGCCAAAAAGAGAAGAGUUGCUCGUGAUUAUGCUGAAGGAGGUGCCGCUCCAGCUGCUCCAGCAGAACCUGCUCCAGAACCAGCUCCAGCCCCAGCUCCAGCACCCGAAGCUGCACUAGCACCUGAAACCGCUCCAGCACCUGCCCCAGCACCAGCGUCAGACGCCGGUGGUUAUUCGUCUGGUGCUGCUGCCCCAGCCGGAGGUGGUGGAUCUUAUCCAGCCAAGAAAAUUAUGAGAUUCUCUCGUCUCGUUGUCUAA